AUGUGUUUUAAUACAUCCGACUGUGCUCAACUAGCUUCAGACACAUAUAUACGACCAGUCUGUGCCUACUCAUAUAGCCCCAACACCACUUCUGUGUCGUUUCUUCCCUUUGCUCAUCCCAAAAACACCUCAAAACAGCAACAACCUCUGAUUUUUAAUCAUGUUAACAAUAACGACUGGACAACAGUAAACCUUUCCCGCAAUAUCUCAAGGAAAUGGCCAAUUAUUCCUGAGUUAUUCCUUUUGGGCUGUGUCAGAAACCAGAUUCCCAACAGCUUUGAUACUUACUGGAACAAGUUUAAAGAGUUCAAUAAACAAUCUUGUUUAAACCUUUAUAAAUCUUAUCAAUCUGUUUCUUUGCGUCCACAUAAACUAUCUAUCACUUGCGAGUUAAAUGACUCUCCUCUCUGUUUUUUCAUAGAAAUCAUUUGUGGGAAGUACUUUACCCUUCGAGUUACACUUAUAUCCAGCGAAUUAAAAAGCAUAAAUGUCGAAUAG